AUGCGAAGUUUUAACAGCAUAUCGAACACACAGCAGCUGCUCCAUUUCUUCGAUUCACUCAUAGCCGACGGAUAUAUUAUUACCAUACUGGGCGUCAAACAUGUGUUGAAGUUAUCUUCAGAUUUGUGUCAAAAAUUCAUCUUGUUCUAUUUCCAACAAAGGAAGGACCAGCUACGCCCCAUUUAUUUGGUUCAAGGAGUUAAUAAGUACAAGACCGAAUACAUUUGUUCCAUUUUUCACGAGAAGGACACUCUGAGAAUGCUAAGAGAGGGUAGCUACAGUGUAAAUCUCUACGGCGUACACUCGAAUAGAAACAUGGCAAAUUUGUCCGCACUAUGGAAGAAGGAAUUGAAUGAGAUCCACAAGACAUAUCAGAAGGACGCACGCGGACAGCCCAUCAUCCCACAAUUCUCUAACAUGCUCCUCACCGAUGUGAAGGCCAAAAUAGACCAAUAUUGCCCCAACUCAAAAUAUCAGUUUCCGCACAUUAUGUAUAUAGCUGACAAGGAAGAUGAGAAAAAUAUCAACUUUGAGCCCAGUGUAGGAAAUGCUGGUACUAAUGAGAACAAGAAUGGAAUGUGGGGCAGGAACUGCAACAAUUUCAGACCUGGUACUCAAUAUAUAGACAUGUAUUUUAGAAGGAAGAUUCCUGAAGAAGAGAAAAUUGAUGCUUUCCAAUUUAAAGAGAGUAACGAAUAUAAGCCUGUAGCUCCACAGGGAAUGCAUCAAAUGAUGGGCACAAAUUACUUCCAUAAUAUGGUUGGUUACAAUUAUGGGACCAAACAGGAGGACACUAAUUUUGGCGAAAAGAUUCCUCACGUGUAUUGUCAGACCAACGUGAGUGACGCUAACUUCGAAAACAACAACUGGAAGUCCUUCAUGGCGCGCAUGAUUCAAAGUACGAAUGCAAGGAUCGCUGAGAAUAAUAUGAAGGAGAGAAAAAAUCUUGGCAAGAAACGAAAGCCGAACAGCUAUGCUUAUUUUUCCAACGCCAAAAGGGAAUGUACCGUGGAAGAUAUAAUAAACGCAAAUGUGAACAAACCGAAUAGCGGAAUGAAACCAAAGGCUGGCACUGUGGUGAUCACUAUGAACAACGCUGGACACGAAGAUGAAGCUGUGGUCGUACCAGGCAGAACAUGGAUAAAGGAGAACACCUUCCCCAAUGAAGAAGUUCAAUAUGACCAGAAGCACAUGAAAUUUCACGUGUCAAAUAAUUACCUGAACAUGAAAAUGCACGAUUUUGAUAGCUCAUACUGGGAAAAGCAAUUAACGCAGAAGAAAACUGCCAGCAAAAUCGUCUACACGGAAGAGGAAGCGCAAGAUGUGAUUAACGGAGUUACAUGGGAUCAAAGUGUAGACAUGUUUUUUGAAAAUGGCUACUUCGUUGUGGUUGACAAAGGCACACCUGAGAUGAAAGAAGUCUCAAUAUCGCAAGAAAGGAAGAACAAAGGAAAUUCCCCCUUCUACAAUAAGAACAAGAAACACACUCAACAGACAUUAUUGACGAAUUUUUUCAGGAAAGUUCCUUAA